CUUGGAUUGUCAUUAUAUAGAUAACUUCUUGAUCAAUGCUCCAAGACUUAAAUACCUCAGCUUCAUCGAUACUCAGAUCGUGUUAGAAUGGAAAUGGUUUGAGCCUCAUUUUCGAGUCAUUAAGACUCUUUGCUUCUGUGCGUAUACAUUUUUGUAUAACAUUCCUGCUACGAUAAAUAUGCAAGAGAGGCUUCCAAUUGCUCAAAAUCUGCAAGUGAUUGAGCUGCAUGAUUUUAGUUUUGGUCACACGAAUUGCUUCACUCUUGUUAUUCAUUUGCUUCGGAAAUGCCCAAAGCUAUGCAAAUUGGAGAUAAUUAUUAUAAAGCCUGAGGUGUCAUAUCAGAGUGGUGAAGCCGAUCCAUGUAUUUUGAGAGAUCCGGACGGUUGGUUUCGUGAUCAGGAUCUCAGUGACCUUAGAACAGUCAAGAUGAAAUCAUUUAGUGGAUUAAGACAGGAAAUGCUCUUUAUCAAAUUAAUCCUAUCAAAAGCUCCCUUCCUUGAGGAAGUUUUAAUUACGGAAUCAGUUGACAUUGAUACCUCUGUGUCUUUAGAGGUACAAAGGGAGAUGACCUCCUUCCCUCAUGCAUCUCCAAAAGCAAAAGUUGUUUUCAUGGACCCUAGCUAGGGGCUGCUCUAUUCCUUGAAUAUUAGGCAUUUGUUGCCCUCUUUAACGGGCAUCUCCAUUGGUUCUGCUUGCAUAUGAUCUACACAAAUUCUAAGACCUUAUGGUGCAAUAUAUGUGGUGGCAUCCAAUUUUCUUACAUUUUAUUUUGUGACUUAUGGGUUCUUCCAUUUCAUAACCCCAUUUAAGUCACAAGAUACAUAAUAAGUUAUUUUAUGACUCAUAGAUUCUUCAAUAUUCAUGGGAGCUUUGAAACCAAUGUGCAUGGGAAACUGGAGCGCUCGUGAAGUGACAUUUGGUAAUAUAACCACAUUUAACUCACAGGUUACAAUGUUUUACUUCUUGCUUAUGGAUGAGCGCAGUUAAUAUAUGCUACAGAGAAGUAGAACUCUACUGGAUUUGCUGGAUUAUCUGCCUUUGUUGUUGUAGCAUUCCAUCAUCAUUGUGGGAUUGUACUGUUUUUAGUCUGUGUUUAGAAAAUAGGUUUUAUAAGCUGAAUAAUGGGAGCUUUAUAAAAGUCUGAGUAUAUCAAUGCUGAUAUAAUCAUGUGAUCAUACUCCGUAAGUUACUCAAGUCAAAAGAUUUUAACAGUUGCAGAACAAGAUAAAUAUUAUAUUAUGUCUCUUACCUCCUUAGCAGAAGGGGGGUGAAUUCUGUUUGUCUGUGAUUCCUCAUUUUAUGCCUCCACUCCAUGUACUCGGAUUGAUCCGCAAACUACUCAAGAACUGGUCUUAGGUUUUAGGGAAUCUUUGUCUUUGCCUCACGGUUGUGUCUUGCACUUUAAUUGUUGUUCUUGUGUGAACCAUGACUUGAUUUAUGAGAACCAAUCGCCUUUCCC